AGGCUCUCGCAGCUACUCCCCCUCUUCUAUCAAAUGAAACCGUCAGUGUCGCAGGUCUAUUGCUAAAAAUGACGCUUUUCAUGCACGCGUGCUGUUUUUUACUCAAAAUCCUUACACUACCGCUGCAAGUAGCGGAGUCGAUUGGACUUUUGUCUUUCUACAAACGCGUCUUUCCUUUUAUCGUGUACAGAGUUACGUUCUCGUACAAUGGCAAAAUGAACGAAAAGAAACGGGAAUUGUUUCGAAACUUGGCUAAAUUCCACCCUCCGAACGGCCCUCUGCGGAUCUUGGAGGUGGGCUGUGGAUCCGGGGCGAACUUCGAGCACUACCCGACGGGCUGCAAGAUCAUAUGCACCGACCCCAACAAGCAUUUUCGAAACUACCUGGAGAAAAGUAUGGCGAAGAACGACCACCUCGUAUAUGACAGCUUCAUAGUGGCGUCGGGGGAGAAUCUACAGGCGGUGGACGACAACUCAGUGGAUGUUGUGGUGUGCACACUGGUUCUGUGCUCUGUCAAGGAUACCCCCAAGGUUCUGCAAGAGGCGAAGAGAGUUCUAAGGCCCGGUGGCGCAUUUUUCUUCAUUGAGCAUGUGGCUUCUGACCCCUCAACCUGGACUUACUUUUUUCAACAUGUUCUUCAGCCAUUAUGGUACUAUUUUGGAGAUGGAUGCGAGACAACUCGUACUACUUGGAAGCACCUUGAAGCAGCUGGCUUCUCUGACCUGCAGCUACGACAUAUCCAAGCCCCUCUUAUUUUCAUAAUUAGACCACACAUUGUUGGUUAUGCCGUCAAAUAAUUAAUAUGAAUUUUGUUAAAAAAUAGAGAAAACCCUUCUAAUGGUUAUCUCAAGCAUUUGUUCUUUUCAAAUUUAACAUUUUAAAUGUUUAUGUAAGAGCACUUUGUAUUAAACAGUAAAAUGGCAUUUUUGUUUAAUGUGCAAACAAAGAACACCAAUACUGCAUUACACCAUUUGUGUGAAUGUAUCUUGUUGACCGUGUAACCUGUUUGUAAAACGCAUUACUACCAAGAUAACACAAAGUACAAAAAAGAAAAAAAUACAGGCAAAAAGUAAAAUAAUGAAACACUUUCAACUGGAUAGAACAGAGGCUUUUAAAGAUGCAAUGCAGUCUGUGAAAUGGAAAAAGUUAUAUUAUUGUUUGCUCUGCACAGCAUUGAAGUAAGCUGAAGGACACAUUGCAAGGAAAUGGCACCACAAAAUAUAGUUUGUAAUGUGGGCAAUGAAACUGCAUUUAUUUGUUGAUGCGGUAUAUGUAUUUCUUGUGAUCUGGAAUCAAGCCAGGUUUUGUUAGAUUGUGAAUGCAUAAAAGAGCCAAAUUGACAUCUAGUGGCUAGGAGGUAUAUAUAGCCUAACCAGACGUCUUUUAGAGCUGCUUGAACAAGAUAAACACAAAGUGGAUUACAUUGUGCUUUAAGUGAAUGUUAGUGGCGAUUUCUUCUCUGCUGGCUUAACAUGCCAAAUAAAUAAAUAUUUUUCAUUCACAAUCA